AUGGUAUCGCUGUUACCUACUGUUAACAAGUUUGAACUGCCACCACUAUCUGCAAUAUUGAAUGAAUCACCUCUUCGUAACCAGUUGGGCCAUGAGAGAACUCGAAGUACAAGCCGGCCUGGUUCUCCGUUAAUGUCUCAUCAGUUAAGUCCUGCUAGCAUUUCACGAAAAGAUGUUCACACACUUCCGCCUUUCGGUCCGUUGGAUAGUAACGUUGUGGCGAUGCAAGGCAAACCUGACCCAACAUUUGGCACUCCGGUUUUUUCCAGAGUGACCAAUCCUUCUUUCCAGCAUACACCUGAAUCUAUAUCUGUACCGAAAACGCUUUCUGUUACGAGUCUAGAUUCUUCCGCAAAGAAGACUCCACAGAAUACAAAAUUAUUUGCAUUCAUUUCCCAUUCUCCGGAGACAUUUCCUCUACAAGAACCUACCAUAGAUAAUGCACAACUUGCCCGAAGGAAGAGAAGAAGAACGUCGCCCGCUGAACUAUUCAUUCUUAAGGAAGAGUUUUCAAAAGGGAGUACUCCAAACAGAGCUCGAAGAAAGGAGAUUUCCAGGCGAGUCAACAUGACUGAUAAAGCUGUUCAAGUUUGGUUUCAAAAUAGAAGGCAAUCGAUGCGCAAGCAUAAUCAAGCAAAACAAGAAAUACUUCUAGAUCCUGUUAUACCUCAACCGAUUUCCCAGCAGUUGCAUUUUACAACCUCCCCUUUACGUUCGAAUUCUUACUUCACAGAUUCAGAUAAUGGUCAAGUUCACAACUCUAUCCCAAAUUCUGAUCAAAGCCAGAGUCCCUCUCAUUUUCCUCCUCAAGGUACUUGGCUAAACACAUCUGCAGUUGUUUCCACCCCAAUCAAGCAACUAAUCUCUAGGUCAUCAAUCACUAAUGAUUUCGGAUCAACUAUGACUUUCAGACUGCAAGCAACUGGACCACGUCCAAGAAAAUCCUCAUCACCGUUCAGUUCUGGUUCUGGAUCUGCCAACCGAAACCUAGUGCAUGUGAGUGAAAGAAUGGACGCUGAAUUUCUGAACAAACCGAUCAUGAAAGUUAGUCAACAAAACUUCGAUUUUAAACGAGGUUUGGAUAACGCCAAGACACCGUCCAAACAAUUAGUCCUUCAAGACAAAUCUAGAAGCGAACUCAACAAGUCGAACUCAGCACCAAGUAUCAAAAUUAGCAGAGACGAAGACGAAGAAUGUGUCAAGCAACUUCUAAGUUUACAUAGCUCUUGA